AUGAAGUUUCUCUGUUUCCACGGUGCCAUUGGCAAUGUUGAUAACAUCAGCAUCCAGCUAGCUCCCCUUGAGAAGGAGAUGUCCAUGGACAAUUCUGCAGAAUUCCACUACAUCACCGGACCGGUUCCUGUGAUUCCCCCACCAGUAGGGUUUGCGGGGUAUUUUGGUAUUGGCCCCCACUUCAGAUGGCUCGAAGACAAUGGAGUCGCGGAGGAAUCUAUGAUUUCCCGUGUUCGAAAAGCUCCGCAUGGCCAGAACCCAGAAGAUGCUAUGAGAGCUCUGGGCAAAGGCUGGGAUGGUCAUUGGCAUAACCACCAGCAGGUCAUGGAGUAUCUCUACGACACCUUGGAAAAGAACCCUGACAUUGCAGGUGUCAUUGGCUAUAGUGAGGGUGCUACCAUGGCUGCCAGCCUUAUCAUGGAUGAGGAAAGAAAGGCGCAAGAGACUGGACGUUUCCGUCAGAUCAAGUGCGGAGUCUUCAUCACUGGAUGGCCUCCUCUCUCUCCCGAGGAAGAUGUAGUCCUGGCAGACGAGAGCGACCUUAUCUUGGACGUGCCAACACUUCAUGUUGUUGGUGCAGAUGAUCCCUACCGAUACGGCGCGCUAGCACUCUUCAAUGUGUGUAACCCAGAUAGCGCGGCCAUGUUUGAUACUGGACGCGGCCACACCAUCCCUCGGUCCGGUAGAGUGAUCACAGAAUUGGGAAAUGCAGUCCGGGACUUGAUUGACAGGGCCUAUGAAGCGUAA